CUAUUUGCAUUGGAAACAGAGGCCUGACUGUUUAUCAGAGGUGGCCUAACCGACCAAUCAGAGAGCAGCGUCUGUUCUCUCCUGUUCCUCCACCUGCAGUCCAGGAGACACACGGAUCAGUCCGGAACACUAACUCAACCUCACCGAGACAGCUGGAGUUAAAUACUACUGUUUUAGAGGAAAGUGUGCCGGUGAGCAGCGAUGGUUUGCGGUGGAUUUGUUUGCACCAAGAAUGCUCUCUGCGCUCUCAAUAUCCUCUAUGUUGUAAGUUGGCUAUUAAUUGCUCUACAGCGAUGGACAUUGGACAGGUGUUUACGAAAGGGUCGUACAAAGGGCACAGUUUUCACGCUUUUGUCAUUUCUGAGUCGCAGAAAAUUAUUUUACGUGAAGUUUAAAAAAGAGAAAUGAUGAAACAUAUUCUCGGUCAGCUCGUUUCCUUUUCUUAGGAAACUCGUGUUUUCUUCUCCGCAUUCAGGGGGUUCGAGAAUUAUCGGACUAAAUAGUUUCCUAGUGGGGAAUUUUCACUAAAUGGUCUGUCGUGUUAACAAAAAUACAAGUGAACGUCAGAGAAAAUGUUUAUUUCGUGACUUGAUAAGUAGACGUCGUGUAAACGCAACAACAUGGCGGACCAAAUUUAAUGUCCGGUUGAUUGUGAGCAAUUAAGCCUAAACUGAGGCUGUUAAAAAGGCUAUUUUCCUUAUAGGUAGGUUUUCACGGAGGUUGUAAUGUAGAUAAUAACUGUUCCUCUCAUAAACUCGCAAACAAAUAUCUAAUUUACCCCGAGAGCAAAUCGAGUAAAGUCAACUUUUUUAUCUCGUUUGUUAAGAGUUAGAUAAAAGGUAGAAGUUUAGGCUACUAGCAACUCGGAGACAUUUUUGCUAAAUAACAUGCUGCUCAAACGCUUUAAAUAUAAAUAUCUGAUAUAUUAUCUUCACAAAGUCCAUAUCGUUUUUACAAACGGGCAAGAAAAUUACAAAACUUACUAUGACACGAAAAAAACCAACACAUUUCUAGAGCAUUGGAACAUCCGAACAGUCCGUGAACGCAGCAUUACUCAUAUAAACACACAGUAUAUGUUGUAAUAACCCUCAGGGCCUUCACAGUCCUGUCACUGCGAUUAGAUUAGAUUAAAUCAGAUUACACGUAACAUUAUUUUUUCUUUUUAGGAAGGUUCCCUCAAGGAAAUUAAAAACCACAGAGACAAAUUUAACGUGUUACAGUUCAGCCAACACGGAUUUAAGUAACUGCCACAUAGAUUUGAUUAGUUAGAUAACUUUAAAAAUUCACUUUUAACUAGAUAAUCCCACACCAGGGGAAAUUUAUUGUAGGCUACAAGUCAUGUCCUCAGGGUUUGAACUGAUGGUGUAAGCAGGGGGGUGUCCAGACUUUGUUUUGACCAGGGUGUCUUACGCACACGGACAAAUGACUCUUUCUGUCUUAACUUCCUAAAAUUUCUCACUGAUUUCCUUUUUUUUACUAAGUCUAAUUUUCUACAUGAUAAAUAAACAGCAGAGUUGUACUACAGUUCCCUUCAGGUUUUUUCAGUCGAGCCAAACAACCCGAGUGUAUUGUUUCAGCUCUCUGUAAAUGUUUGGUGACAGGCAGGCAUGUAAAGGUGAAUUCACCCUGGAGACUGUGUCAGAGCCAGAAAAAUGUCCUUUUAAACAAACUACUAUGUGGAGAGACAACAUCGAAGUGGCUUCCAGGUGACGCAGUAAAAGGGUUUGUAAUCAGAGGCCAUGUGCUGAAGAAGGGGAAGAGUUUUGUUUUUAACGUGAACAUAGUUUUGUUUCUGCACAAUAUGCUCGUACAAAGAAACUGAAACAAAAGAUUAAAAGAAAAACACACUCCAUCAUGCGGCUGGAUCAGAGCUUCUGGCCUCCCUGACGUGUGCACACUUCCUCAGAAAGAUAACAUUGAUUGUACUUCCUCCUCUCAUGCCAACAUUUUUUCACUUCCUCUUCAGAUGGUGAGUCUGCUGCUGGUUGGAGUGGCAGCCUGGGGGAAAUGGUUCGGCCUGGUCUCCAGCAUCAGGGUCGUGGCGGGGGUCAUCGGAGUGGGCAUCUUCCUCUUUCUGGUGGCUUUUGUGGGUCUGUGUGGCGCUGUGAAGCACCACCAGGUCCUGCUCUUCUUUGUAUCCUUUAAAGUCUCUCUGUGACGUUUGUUUGCAGGAACAUGGAGAAUCACCUAACACCUCCAAAAGCUGCUGUGUGCCAAGAGUACAAUGAAAAGUAAAUAUCAAGAACCUCCUGGAACUCCUCUGUUGAGCUCUUCCUCUCUGUAGUCUUCUGUUUAAAGCUCUGAACUGAUGCAAAGUACGGAUAUUUCAUGAUAUUUAAUCCAAGCAAACUCCUGCACACUGACAAACUUGCAAAAAAUACAUGAAUUGGCGAUAUUUUCUUUCCUAAAUUUUGACACACAACCACUCCUGCUUAUCUGUCUUUUGAAAUAAAUGUGCAAAGUAUUUUAUUUGAUGAUUUUCAUUCAGCCAAAACUUCCUCAACUCGGUCCAGUACAUGAUGAUCCUGUUCAUGGUUUUUGUCGUGCAGUUUUCUGUGUCCUGUGCAUGUCUGUCCCUGAACAAAGAUCAACAGGUACGUUUAUUUUGUCUCUGCUGAAGUACUAAACAUUUUAGGAACACAAAUAUUUGUGCUUAUGAGCUAAAGCUUUCCUCAGAUAAGCACCAUUACUCUGACAUUUACUUUGGGAUUUUAACUGUUGACCACAUUUAAAGGUGGGGUAGGCAGGAUCUGAGGAAGUGCCAGUUUUUGGGAGAAAUCUUGAAUGUAAACUCUACUCCUCCCAACCAGUUUUCCCCUCAGCUCCUCCUCUCCCCUCCCUUUCUGCUCCAUCAAGCCCCGCCCACAAAUAGACGCUCCUGCUCGCUCGUAUUGUUUCAAUUAAAUUCAGAUAUAACGCAAAUAAAUACUUCAGAAGAUUACAAAUGGAGCCCAGUCAACGUGAAAGUAAACAGCAUUGGUGCUGCUGUAGAUGCCAACAGACUACCAGCAAACACAAUGUUUGCAGGACUUCUACAACUAGGAUAAAGUGACAUAGUCCAGGACCCGAGGUCAACAGUUUAGCGGCGCUACAACACGCUACAGCAGGUCCUGUUUGACAAGAAACACUUCUGUUACAGACACUUGUCUUACUUUGUUAAAGCGGUUUACCUGUCCAGCAGAAAGGUUACAGGGUCUGUAAGAUCUCGAAGCGUCCCCCAUCAUUUAUGCUGAUGUUGACCCAGCUUUUUAGCUCUUGUCCGGUCUACCUCCUUUUUAAUCGCCCGUUAUUCCGCCAGAGUCUCCGGUAUUUACUUCAUUUUCUUGCUUGUGUCGGCAGUUGUGGCUAAAGGAAGAUUCAGACAAUUUUCUGUACUUUGUGGUUGCUUUCUAUUGUCCGUUAUUGUAGCACGCUAACUUCGUUUGGGCUCCUGAAAGACACGGGGGAGCAGCGUCUGACUCAUAACCAAUCAAGUUGGGGGAGGCUGAGAAUGGCUUUGUUUACAGUCAGAAAGAGCGGGCCACUCAAAAAAUGUAAAAUGUUGACUAGACAGACAUAAGAGAACACAGAGAUAUCGUUAUAUUCCAAAUGAAAUCAAUAACUAAUAGCUAUUGACUGAUAUCAAAAGCUUUUUUGUAUAAAAACCACAAAAAAGAUGCUUCUUUAACGGAUUCCUGCCUUUUUAAAAAGCUGCUAUUUUGAGGAGCACAAUGCUCAUGGUUGAAAACUCAAAGCUGAAAACAGUUUUUGAGACUUUCAAUCUGAAACUCAGCUGAACAGCACAGUAGAAGAGUUUGAACUCAGUGUGAUUAACUUCUAGUAACCUCUGCAGCUUCUUCUCAUGUGUUUUAAUGCUCGCAGAACGACCUACUGGAGAUUGGGUGGAACAAAUCCGAGGACACUCAAAGAGACGUGGAGAAAACCCUCAACUGUUGUGGUUAUUCUUCCUUCAACCCCAACGGCACGUGUGAGGCUGUGAGUGAACCAGCUGAAAUAUUUCCUCUUCUGUUGUGAUCUCUGUCGUCUGUCACUUCAUCUCUUCUCUUUUCACUUCCUCUCUGCAGAGAUGCUUCAGCCACAGCCUUCCACUGACUUGUGACACAUGCGCAAGCAUCAUCCAGCAGUACGCAGGAGAGGUGCUGCGGUUCGUCGGGGGUAUCGGACUCUUCUUCAGUUUUACAGAGGUCAGUUAAAAGCCUCAGCAACAGAAUCUAAACAGUAGAGAGGUGAAUUUGUCAUGAGCCGCAGGAAAGCUGAUGUUUUUCUCUCCUUUCAGAUCCUCGGAGUGUGGCUCGCUCACAGAUACAGAAACAUCAAAGAUCCCCGAUCCAAUCCAGGAGCUUUUCUAUAACCAUCACUGUUGAAUAAACCGAACACAUGCACUGCUGGUAAAAGUUAACCCUCUUUACCUUGUAAAUCAAACAACUCCGGGUCUUUUCCCCUAAUAUUUUAAGCGUGGACUGAACUCCUGCUGAAUUAUAACCACUGUAGCCACACUGUUAUCGUUCCUGUGGUAUUCUACAGAUUGUAAUAGUAGUGUCUCAAUAACCCAAGUAAAUAAGUCAUGAGUUUAAAAGCCGGCAAACAGACUCAGUGAAUGGCAGCUUCAGCACCUGUCAACGUUUGCUUAAAGCUAAUAUUAACUAACAUUAACUGGUUAUACCUGAUAAAGUCGUGUUUGAGCUAUAAAUCAUCUAAAGUGAUGUUUCCCCCUCAAUAUACAACCAUGUUUGUACGAAGAGCUUUAGUCGUCAUUAUGCUAAAGCUGGAGUAUCUCCGACUCUGGUGUUUUUGUGUUCAAUUGACUCAAAUUAUCUAGUCUUUGCUGCUGUAAACAGGAAAGGUGUUUUUUAAAAGACACUGUAAGACUGAGAGCAAGAUGAGAGGAUUGACAGUUUGGCUUAGUUUAGCUUAACAGCUCGUAUAAUCCAGAGUAACAAAACUGUCCUUUUAGCGCAAUUUAGCAGAUUUCCUAGUCCUCGUUUGUCCAGUCAGAUGCAGUAAAGAUAAAGUUCAGUGUUAAGUACAGAGGCUUCAGGAGACCAUCAAUCCUGUCAUCAAACUCUCGUCAAGAAGUCAAAUGUUGGCUCUAUAUAAUCCGUCUCUGUCCCGUGGUGGAUGUCAACAGCAGCUGUCUAUGGUCUCCACACUCACACCCUGUGCAAAUAAAGAACAGGUUAGCACCAUGAUGACUGUGCUCUCCACUCCCAGCCUCACUAUUCAUGGCUGACCACACACAAUGGUGUGUUCAGGUGACAAUAGAUUUAGGAGUCAGAUGUCGUAACCACAUGAGAAGAUUAACACUGAAUUAAAAUCGAAGUAUUGUAGCGUGAAGACUGUUUUCCUUUUCUUUUUUUUUCGCAGAUAAACAUGCAUAUUUAUUGCUUUGUUUUCAUGCAUAUAAUGCAUAUAAAAAAAUCCUCCUGUACAUGAAUUCUCUCACUGCUGUAGACGUGUACUUGAAUUACCAGAAUAAACGUGUAGAGCUGCUGCAGUGGC